GGCAUCUGACUGGAAACUGGACCAUCCGGACUGGACAGGGCGGCUUCGUGUCACCUCCAAAGGCAAAACUGCAUACAUAAAACUGGAGGAUAAGGUUUCAGGAGAACUCUUCGCCCAGGCUCCUAUAGAUCAAUACCCUGGCAUUGCAGUAGAGACUGUGACGGAUUCCAGCCGCUAUUUUGUCAUUCGAAUUCAGGAUGGGACUGGACGAAGUGCUUUUAUAGGCAUUGGCUUCACGGAUCGUGGUGAUGCCUUUGACUUCAACGUCUCUUUGCAGGAUCACUUCAAGUGGGUGAAGCAGGAGACUGAGAUCUCCAAGGAGUCCCAGGAAGCCGACACACGUCCCAAACUAGACUUAGGGUUUAAGGAAGGGCAGACCAUCAAACUGAACAUUGGGAACAUGACGACAAAGAAAGGAGGAGCAGCCAAGCCCCGUGUGUCUGGAUCAGGGGGCCUAAGCCUGCUGCCACCCCCACCAGGAGGCAAAAUUGCAGUCCCUCCUAUACCUCCCCCUUCUUCCACAGCCAUUGCCAACCAUGUCACACCACCACCCGUGCUGAAAUCCAGUAACAUGAGCAGUGCAG